AUGGCCAGCAACAGUUCUUUCUCCAGCGACUUCACCCUGGUGGGGCUCUUCGCUCACAGCGGAGCCCCAGGACUCCUGUUCGCCGUCGUCGGCGCCGUCUUCCUGACGGCCAUGGUUGCUAACGGGCUCCUGAUCUUCCUGAGCCACAGGGACGCGCUCCUGCGCACGCCCAUGUACUUCCUGCUUGGCCACCUCUCGCUCAUCGACAUGCUGUACAUCUCCACCAUCGUGCCCAAGGCCCUGGCCGACUACCUUGUGGGCACGGGCACCAUCUCCUUCGCCGGCUGCACCGCCCAGUACUUCCUCUACAUGGGCUUUGUGGGGGCCGAGUUCUUCCUGCUGGGCCUCAUGGCCUACGACCGCUACGCCGCCGUGUGCAGCCCGCUGCGCUACCCGGUGCUCAUGAGCCGCAGGGUCUGCUGGCUGAUCGUGGCCAGCUCGUGGUUCGGGGGCGCCUUGGACAGCCUCCUGCUCACGCCCCUCACCAUGAGCCUCCCUUUCUGCGCCUCGCACACCAUCAACCACUUCUUCUGCGAGGCCCCCACCAUGCUGCGGCUGGCCUGUGGCCACAAGGCCGCCUACGAGACCGUGAUGUACGUCUGCUGCGUCCUGAUGCUGCUGGCCCCCUUCUCCGUGGUGACCACCUCCUACACGCGCGUCCUCGUCGCCGUGCAGCGCAUGAGGUCUGCGGGGGGCAAGAGGAAGGCCCUGGCCACCUGCUCCUCGCACAUGAUGGUGGUGACACUGUUCUACGGGGCCGCAGUGUACACCUACGUGCUGCCCCCGGCCUACCACACCCCGCUGCAGGACAAGGUCUUCUCCGCCUUCUACACCAUCCUCACGCCUGUGCUUAACCCGCUCAUCUACAGCCUGAGGAACAGGGACGUGCGGGACGCCUGGAGCAGGGUGCUGGGCCGGCAGAGAGGGCCUGCAGUGUGAUGUGCAGGGGCCUCUGCUGGCUUCAUCUGUCCCGGGCUCUCGGGGCUUGCUGUGAAUGAGGAGGUUAACGGUGGGGGCAGCUGCCUGCGCUGGGUGCACAGGAGGGAACUGGCCCCACAUUCCCACGAAACUGACGCCAGCCUUCUAGAAACACACUUGUAUUUGUCUUUCUUUGGUUCUGCUGAUUUUAAUUCUCUGUCAUAGCAGGUGUCUGAUUAAAGUUCACUCAUAAGCGUGUCCCUAGAUGCUUCUGGUCUGAUCCUCUGAUUCCGUGAACAUAGCUGGUGCUUCAGAUUACAGUGUCCUGCCAACCAUUCAUAGGGUUUAUGGAGCACUUGGGAACAUUGGCAUCUGAGACACUUGAAAGGAGCAAAGCUUUGUAAAACCUCAGAGUCAGGGGCUGGGGAGAUGA